GCUGAAGUAAUGUACAUUUGUAACACGUUUGAGCAAAAAAGCAGCACAGCACCUGAGAUAUCCCGACCACUUCUGAUUGGCUUGAACUGCGUUGGAAUUUUGUCCUGUAUCUCAGUUGGGAUACGAGAACAAAUCAGAAAGACAUAUAUAUUAGAUACUGAAUCUCACGAAAAAAGCAAAUCCCUUAAGUUGAAAUUCUUAUGUUUGUUUUGUCUUGGAUGUGUAGUGUUUCGUAUCCUCAAGAUAGCUUUCCAUGUUGAAUGUAAGGCGUUUGUCCAUAUCAACGAUAGUCUGGAAGGAGCCGUGUUAUAUGACAUUUCGUGUCUUUCAUUUUAUGUGGUACAAACAUGUUUUAUCUAUUAUUUUUCUAAAUACCAAUUCGUCAAUUCUUUGUUUACCUUUUAUGGUUUGAUCAUAAUGGUUGUCACAAAUAUUUCGUCGUGGACGUACCAUGCUACCAGCAGACAAAAUGUUUCGGACACUUCUCAAAACACCACAUAUCGAUGCUCAGAAAGUAACUCAUCUCUUUCCAUACGUCAUCUGUUACAUAACGUGAGUCCUUUUACAGAACCCAUGCUCGCUGAGUAUCCGCUACUGUGCUUGAUAUUUUUGUCAGGAAUAUGGCCGAGGACAUCGAAUAAGCCAUAUAAUAUAGAAGAGGACAACAAUGCUACUUAUGAAACGUCAGAAAUGACAGCAUUAUUACAAAGCCAAAGUAGCGUCACGCGUAGACCAAUCGCUGUUGCACGAAAGCUAGUGUUAACAUACUGUAUUAUACUAAUAAGUGGCAUAAUAAAUUUACCUAGACUAGUUAUUGAAAUACUCAGAUUAUUCGAGGUCAUAGGAGCUGAUUUUUUCUGGAUUUCCUCUAUUACUACCAUAUUCGAACAUACUGUGUUACUACUUGCUCUUGUUGUGAGUUUUCGUGCAAUACAACAUCAGUGUAGGCCGCGUAAAGAGAAUACCUCAUACGACAUCGGAAAUGUUCUGUUGAUUCUUAGCUUUAUCAUAACGACGGGAUAUUAUACUCUGUACAUAAUGGCUAAAAUACUUCCAGUUGUCACAAAAUAUCGAAGUUUAUUUAUUGUAAAAAGCAUUUUAAGGAUUAUCGUCCUGUAUCUCCAAACCGUGUAUAUUUUACAGAUGACAAAAUACACAGUAACAUCUUCAAGAUCACAGUAUUUUUCAGUCAAUUAUAUAUGUCUAUUGAUUGGCCUGAUUAACUUUGGUUAUUGGAUUUCAGAUACUUUCAUUGUGGUUCAAUAUGUCUACAAAUUCCAAAAUCCAGCUUACUACAGUAGUAUACAUAUAGAAAACACUGAUACGUUCUGGUUUCCUUUCGUUAUGUUUUACCGAUUCGAAUGUUUUAUGUGUUUUUAUUCGUUGUACAGGUCUUAACUGGUAUUGCUUAUUUUGCUUUGUGCCUGAAAAUUAAACACACACACACAGUAAGUAUCAAACCAGUAGUCAGUACUGCGCUACUGGCAUGAAAAUACAGAUAUUGUUUCAUUGAAAUGUGACGUUGAAAGAUGUAACUAUAAGAAUUGACUGCUUCGUUUUGUAAUUUUAUAGGAUUUUAAAUGUGCUGAUCGUACGUUUAUUUUUAGAAUAAAGCGCUUUCGUGUUAUUAGCACGUUUGUACUUCCAAAAAUGACUUCUCGAUUAUAAUAGGAUAGUUGGUAAGAGUUUCAUGAAUAUUUAUUCCUCCCUCCACUUGAAAGAGGUGCUUCACAGACUUGUUCUUUCAGACAGUAUUUCCUUCCACAGUAAGAUAUGGGUGACUUUAUGUUCUUCCAAAGAGCAGAACAAUUAGCAAGUUUGUUUUUCCAAAACGCCCUCUAGUGAUUGGCAUGCAUGUACUUCCCAUUCUUCAUUAUAAAAGGUGAUUGACAAACGUUUGUACUUUCUGCUGUCCACUCUAUUAUAAAGUGGAUGACAUGUGUGUACUUCCUGGAGGUCACGGCAUAAGAAGUAGGUAUGUUUGUACUUCCUGAAGACCACUCUAUCAUGAAGUGAUUGGCAUGUUUUUUUUUCUUCCUGAAGGUCAAUGCAUAAGAAGUAGGUAUGUUUGUACUUUCUGAAGGCCACUCUAUCAUGAAGUGGAUGGCAUGUGUGUACUUCCUGAAGGUCACGGCAUAAGUAGUGAUCACGGGUAGUAACGUUGUCAUA